UGAAAACAGUAAGGCAUCACGUUAGUAAGCACGUCGCCGACGCCCCGGGACACGUAAAUCGCAUUGGUAACGCGAUUGCAGAUCACUCUGCCGGUUUGGUGGACAGAGUUCAAAAGAGUGCGACUGCAGGUAUAAUUUCUUCAGCGGCAGGUGGGACGACCACGGCAGCUGCCGACGAAGAAACGCUCGGCACAACAGAACUGAAUAAAGUGUUGAAACCGACCGAGCAAGAGCAACAGGAGAUCAACAAAAUCCUGAAGCAAGCGAACGACAAAAUUCACUUCGCGCGGCACUCGAAAAUCCGGGCGGGGAAGUUGGAGAAUAUGCAUUGCAAAAGCAUCGUAGAAGUGAUAUAAAUCGCAUUACAAAUUGGCUCAGCAUUACACAUGAAAUUUGUAAUGCUGUGAAACAGCAGGAGCAGCUGUUUUACCUCGCUCGUCAGGAGACACAGAGAGCUUUGCCAUGCAUAACAGCAAUUACUACGAGUACGAUACUUUUGCAGUUCAUAGAGAAGCUGGUGAAGCAAAUCGAGCACGCGAUCGACGUUUCGACGUUGAUUGAGCCGGAUAUGGGAUUCUCAAACGUUACACUCUCAACUGUUCGAUGAAUUUGUCAUGCAAUAUUGGCAUCAGAAUCUACAUGAUCAAGCUGCUUCGCAUGACAAGUUCUCGACGCGCUAGAUAGCAUUAUAAUCUCCUCCAAACCUGUAAUGCAAAAGGCGCAACCUUUCCCCUUUCCCUUUUUCCAUUGGUGCAUUACAAAUUUAAUGUAAACAGUUGAGAAUGUAACGUUUGAGAGCGCCAUGCCGGAGGAUCUGGAAGUGCUCCACGCGAAACUAGAAGCGGCGGAGGUUGCGUUGUUCAAGGAAGAGUCGAAACUGCGGAUCUACAAGGACAGCAAGAAGAAGGAACAGGAGCAGGACAUCGACGCGCUAUUAAGAGAUCCGGCGAGCAAACUACUGAAGUCUGAAGACUCCAACGCGGCUACAUUGCUGGAUCAGGGGAAGGAGGUAAUUGCCACGGCGAUGGAGUCUAUGGGUGUGAUUCGGAAAAGGGAAGAGUUGCCGGAGUUUUUGCAGACCGCGACGCUUCUCCCACCAGAGGACGUUGAUAUUGAAGCAGAGGCACUACUCGCAGAUGACGAAGCCGAGCUCUUGGACGAAAUGAAAAAAACUGCACUAGCUGAAAACGGGUUGUUACUAGUCGAAGCCGUCCCGGAAGAAGCAAAAUUCAUGAAUGCGGAUGGAGGGCUGUUAGCGUUGCAAACACCGUCGGACAGUGGUGCGGCGGAUAGCGUGGAAGAAGAGGAUGAAAACGGGGAGGAGACGAGCGAUGUUGCAGCCGCGGAUGCUGAGCUACCGUCUCAACUUGCCUCCGAAGUAGGUGGUCCUCCUCUUCUUUCAUCUAGCAGGCCGACAAAUAAACCGAAGCGGAAAGUGAAGAAGACGAAAAGAAAAUUGGGCACCAGUGCGGGCGGCGUAUCGGAUUUGGUAACCGAGUUGGAAGUGGAGCCGGUUCGAGUUGAAACUGAAGACAUAGAAGUGUGGCGUUCUCAAAUAUUACAUCUCAACCGCUGCAUGGAUUUGUAAUGCAAGAAUGGCAAGAGUGCAAGGGGGAAGAAUUCGCCUUUUGCAAUACAGGUUUGGCACAGAAGAUUUAGAUGCUGUUCAGCUCUUCGGACAUUUGUCAUGCGAGGCAGCUUGAUGAUGUAGAUACUGAUGAGAGUUUUGCAUGACAAAUCCAUGCUAAGGCUUUUGAUGUGGUGCAGUCGGGUAUGCAUGACAAAUCCAUGCAACAAUUGAGAGGGUAACGUUUGAGAACGCCAUAGGAAGUGGGAGAAGUGGUGGACGAGUUUGAGACCGUACAACAGGUGGACGAGGAAGAUGUUGGUGCUGGAACUGAAGCCGGCAUAGGUGAAGGUGUUUUUACAGGGGCAGGAAACUACGAAGCCAGGCCGCCUGCUGCGCAGCAGACAGAGUUGGAUGAGGCCGCCGCCGAGGACGGCGAGCACGAGGAGGAUGAUGGAAAUCUAGAAUACGAAGCUGAAGCUACAACUUCGCUCGCUGCUGAGAUGGAGCACGAAGAUGCAGAGCUACACCUCCAACAUGAGGGUCUCCACGAUGACGCGCACCACAAGAAAAGACGCACCGGUAAGAAGGGAAAGGGAAAGCAUAAGCACGGCAAGCAAAAGCGCCACGGCCACAUGCACACUGAACAUGACAGGGAAUCGCAUCACACAGAUGAGCACGACCAUGACGAAGAUCUUCAUCACCUAAAGCACCACGGUCACCAUCAGGCCCACCACCACAAAAAAGGCCAUAAAAAAGGCAAAGGCGACAAACUGCAUGAAGAUCAUGAGGACCAUUUGGAUUCAGCAGCAGCUGCUACAGGAACCAUUCCAUCGGCCGCCCGCAGGUCUCUUGCUGGAGCAGCCACCUCCAUCUCCAAAAAGGGCAAAACGAAAGGGGCCGCAACCAUUUUUGCCCUCGGAAAAGCCGCUGCCUACGCAGCGAAAAAGGGAAAAGGAAAGAGUGGCUUUGCAGGUCGAAAAAAUGGCGCUUUUGUUGGUUCUGAGGGGGAGAUAAUCCGUAGAACAUCAUUAGCUGUCGACCGGGGGGUCGACGUCGAUUUGUCCGAGGAUGAAGGCAGCCUAGACCUCGGCGCGGACAUCGAAGAAGCAGAAGAAGCAAGUCGCGGUCUACUUCCCGCGAAACGGAGGAUGCAGCAGUCGGUUCUCGCGCGGAAAUCCCUCACGGAGGACCCCUCCUUUCGUCCAAAAUUUCCGCCUGUGCCGCGGGACGUUGUGUUGCGGACUACGCAUCUCGGGACCAUUUCAAUUCCAGAGGUAGAGGACACGUUGCUGCUUCAUCAGCAGUAUCAAAUGUAAAAAUGUCUGGGUCUGGAAACUUGUGAUGCUGGGUGGCGUCUCAUGACGAGGCUACAAAUGCUGGCUCAGCAUGACAAGUUUCUGAGGUCCUGGGUGUUGCCUAUUCUGCAUGACAAACUGCGCUUCUGCAUGACAGAAAAAUGGGGCUCUUGGGUAACGUGCAUGACAGAUUUAAAAGUCAUGCCAGACAAGCAUGACAAACAUGCAUUCUUCCAGACCCAGACAUUUUUGCAGUUCAUCAUCAGCCGUCCUCCGGUACUACAACUAGCGAUAUCAUGAUUGGCGCUGCUGGCGCAACCACAUUUGACAAUCACUUCGGCGCAGCACGAGUACAUUUGGAGAGCGCCAACUUGUACUCGCAACAGCUGCUGGAAACCAUGUUCAAGAUGGCGGAUCGGGAGAAUUUCGAAGUGGAAUCGCCAGUAGAACGCAGCGCAUCCCCUUCUCAACAAACUGAAGUCUCUGGUCGUCCACAGCAAGCUGCGUCUUCAUCUUUUCAUCUUCUUCCGUCAGGCCAGCGAAAGAGCGACCCGACUCUCGGAACAGACAACGAUGCACACAGACAACAUGGGGAACAAGCUAACCAUGCGAAGGACAGCACUCCUGCUUCAGGCGAGCAUGACAACGAACAAGAAAGUGGGAAUUACAAAACACAGAUGACCAGCACUUCUCCCUUGCCCCCCGCUCCUCCGCUGUUUUCCCAUCUGGAACAAAACAUCACAGAGUUCAUCCUAGAUCACACAAACGCGGGCACCGCCCACGGCCGACACGAGCAGAAAAAUGAAAACGAAAAGCAGCAGAAACGGUUCCGGUACGUGAUGGAGGAGAUUCGGGGGCGAGAAAGAAGGCAAGAUCAACAUGUCGCUGAGCGAUUUCAACUUAAUCACGUUCCUGGGAAAAGUGAACAACCGGAACAAGAACAGCCGGACUCACUACAUAAAGUAGAGCAAGCACAAAAAGUCAAACACGUCACCCCGCAUGAUGGAGAUGAAACAGGAACGCCUCGCGCCGCUCGACUUGUAGUUCUACCCGCGGACUAUACAAGCGGCCACCACCACGCCCCGGCGCUGGCCCUUCCCGCCCUUCCCCCCGCGGCCCGCCCCCUCGCCUACAAGGCGGGCAUGCGAGAGGGAGACGUGGUUCUAGCCAUUUGCAAGGAAAAAAUUACCAGUGUGCCCACCUGGACAACCGAGAAGAAAACGGCAAAUGACGCUCUACUCCAGAAUAUCCACAGUAAAUUUCCCGUACACGUACAACUACAAGUGCGGUCUCCGCAUGACAAAACUUGGCUUCGAUCCUAGUUCAGCAUGACAAGUUUUACGUCCCAAAUUGGUGAAAUUUGUGAUGCAUCUUGUACAUGUAAGGGAAAUUUGUAUUGCAUACAGAAAUUGAUCCGUCGGGCCGACCGAUUGGAAGUGCCUUGCUUCACCAUGUCCUUUAUGCCGAAAAAGUUCGCGGAUUGCUACUUGCAGUUGCAUAUCCACUGCAAAAGUAUCGUACUCGUAGUGAUCGCAAUCAGGCAUGACAAAUCUAAUUUCCUAGGUAAUGUACUAGCAUGACAAAUUUCAUUUGCCAUGCUAGGAAAAUUUGUCAUGCAAGUAGUACAACUAGGUAGUACUAGUACGAUACUUUUGCGAUGCAUAUUGCACGCGGGAUUGGAAGACGUGGAAUUAGACUUGCGCUUGGAGCAGGGGCGAAUCAAAUACUUGAAACGUCAGGGCUGGGCGGUGGAUCGGCAGCUAUCCUGUGCAAAAGUAUCUCGUAUUGCAAUCAUGCAUUACAAGUCUUUUUCUUGAGGUAGAUCAGCAUUACAAAUUUUAUUUCUCAUGCUGAGGAAAUUUCUAAUGCAUUUAUGCGAGUGCGAUACUUUUGCACUGCACAACAGCUCCUGUUUGACGACGAAGUCAUCAUGAUUGGGAACCAGCUGGUCAGUGAAGUUGCGGCUGAUGAUGACGAGGGGACUAAGAGCAAAAAAACAGCACCAGACGACUUGGCGGGUGAAACUCAAGAAGAAAAGCUUUUCAAGCUGCGACAGAGAGUAGACCGAAUUGUCAAUGUUUCCUACGAAGAUGAAACGGACGCAAGAAAAAUCCUGAACAAACGAGACUUGCAGCGGCCGAUUGAGCUGCUCUUUCGGAAGCGGAAAGCGGUUUUUGACGACAAAGUCAGGGAGGAAUUCGAAGGGAAACGGUUGCGGCGGGAAUUGGUGUUUCUUGAAAAGAAUAAGAUAGCCGCAGAUCAUAUCCUGAGUAAAAACAUCCCCACACCAGAGUCAAGAUGGUGAUUUUGCAACACAAACCUAGAACUUUUGGGGGUCACGCAUCACAGGUUGCAGUCCGUAAUGUAGUGCAGGUUCGCAAGGCCAGCUGCAUAAGAAAUCCAUCUGCUCAUCCUGUUUACAGCAUUACAAAUUCCAAAACACGACUAAAAAUGCCUCUCCUGGCGAUGCGCAUUACAAAUGUUCCUGUCAUUGCAAAUCUGCAUGACAACUCUGGUGUGGGGACGUUUUUACUCAGGAUAGAUCAUGUUGAAAACGAUCAAAAAAGCGUCGAAAAUAAGAUACCGUAUCAGCUAGCGAACUAUGAAGUGUAAAAAUGUCUGGGUCUGGAAGGUUGGAACUUGUGAUGCGAACUUUGGACUCUAAAAAAAUCUGCAUUGCAUGACCAGCAAGAGGAGUCUAGUUUGUGUUACGCGGGGACGGCAUUUGUCAUGCGGAGUAGGCAUCAGGAAGCCAUCUAAAAAUCUGUGAUGCUAGGUCGUGCAUUACAGACAUCCUGGGUCAUGCAAAAUAUGCAUGACAAACCCGGCAACAUUCCAGACCCAGACACUUUUGCAUUUAAUACGAACCUCGCAGUGGACAAGAAUUUGAAACAUCGAUGGCAGUACGGGGUUAUGCAUCGCAAAAGUAUCGUACUAGUAUAAAUUGCAUCACAAAUUUUGGCAAGAAGAAAAGUGGAAUUUGUAAUGCUGUUUUACCUUAGGAAGGAGAUUUGUCAUGCAUAUUUGCAAUUAGUACGACUACGAUACUUUUGCACAGGAUAGGGGUGCUGGAGUGGGAAAAGGAGUUUUUGGACUUUUCGUCGCUACGAAGUGCUGCUGGUAACAAGCAUGACAAAACUGGAAAAAGCGCAAAAGGUAGAUCAGCAUCAUCAUCUCACGGGGCUCCUACGUCCACAACUGCUGGUGCUUCUACUACAUCAAAGCACCAUACUAGCGCGAAGGGAAAACAAGGGACGCAUGUACAUCAACUACAUGCCAAAGGCCCAUCAACAGCACACAGCCCACCCAGUACGCGGAAAAGUCGGCCGUCAUUGUUUUCGUUUUAUGGCGAAACAAAAGAGGAUCACGAUCAUCGUGAUCUUCAUGGCGAACACCAUCUUCGUGGAAAGCAUGUUCAUGGUCAAGAACAUGUUGGUAAAGGUGACAGUCAACACAACGACGCGCAGAAUGCUGGCCAUACACAUACUCUACACCAGCAGCAGGCUCCUGCAAGAAAAAGUUUAGCGAACCGAAGUUCUACUGGUGCCAAUAUGGUUUCGAUGAUGAACAAGCAUCGGGGUUUGACAGUUCAACCGGUAGUGGAUGGGAAUAAAUCACACCUUCCCGCCGGACAGCACGAUCGGCACGAUGAGCUGGCGGUCGCGGAGCUGUACCAGCAUGGCAGUUCCGCUGUUUGGAAAGAGGAAAACACGAACGACGCAUCUCACCAUCUCGAUGAAGACGAGGAGAUUCUGUUUCAGCUGCUCGGCUUCAAACUAGAUUGGACCCAGUUUCCCAGGGUAGUCGUGGCGGAAGUCGCGAGACCGUCGUGACGUCGCAGCUCUUCCGUCCUAGAAGUUGUAGCUACAACGACGAUAUUAACACGAUGGCGCUGUGUACUAUCUUUCGAUUCCCGCUUCCGCUGCACAUACAACAGAAAGAGUAUCGUGUGCGUGAUUCGGAUUUUUUUGAAAGACACUUGCACCUUCGUCGUGAAAAAAAACAAAAAACUUUCUCGAAGCGGCUCCAGCGCCUUCAAAGAAGC